CGGUUUCACUCUACAUACUAGAAUAUUGGAAUAAAAAGACGUUUCUAGGCGUAGCUGGAACCAAACUUCAAGUCCCUCAACUAUUCAAGAUUCCAAUCCCUUUACUUAUUGGGAGUUGAUCUUUAUCUUGUCUCCACCAUAAAAAAUAGAAGACAGAAAAGAAAGAGUGAAGGCUGGGUUAAGCACAUAGAGAAACUUCUUCUUCAGGCUUAAGAUUUUUUGAACCGACUUAUAGAUUACUUAUAAAAUCAUACCUGAGUUGAAAGAAUCCAGAGUUUUUUUUUUUUUGUUUAAAGAUGAGUUACUACAAUCAACAGCAGCAUCCUGUUGGGGUUCCUCCUCCUCAAGGGUAUCCUCCCAAAGAUGCAUAUCCACCGCCUGGAUACCCAGCUGAAGGUUAUGCCUACCCGCCACCUCCACAGUAUCAGUAUGCAGCGGCGCCACCGCCAAGGCAGCAGCAGGAAACCGGUUUUCUUGAAGGCUGUUUAGCAGCACUGUGCUGUUGUUGUCUUCUGGAUGCUUGCUUCUAAGGAGAAAGAAGAGGAGAAGGGUUGAUGGUUGAUCAUCCUCAUGGUUUAAUAUGUUUUUAGUAGAUCCAAUUCCGAUGUAUUAACAUGAACAUUUGUCUCCCUUUUAACUAUGUCAGAACAUCUCAUUUUCUCAUUCAUGAAUUGUUUUGAUAUUUCUCAUUUAUAAUAAGAUUGCCGCAUUUUCUCA